CCGCUUUUUUCUAUAAAUCACGCCAGAGCCGUGCAACUAUUCUUCAUAUUCGCCGCGACAUUUGGAUGAGCCGCAUCUUGAUGCUCCUACUCCAGCAGCAGCAGAGAAUAAAGAAGAUGAAGUCGACGACGAACGUUACAAUUUCGACACUUGUGGUGCUGGUGGCCAUAAUGGCCACGGAAUUGCUAGGUCAUCCCGCGACGACGACGACGGGCGACCAAAACGUCCGCCAUCAUCACCAUCGCCACCAACACGCCGACCCCAAUAGCGGCCGAGCUUCUCGUCUCCUUUAUUCGCCCAGGUCCCGAUCCCUCAACAACAAUAACGUGCCCGACAUGCACACCGCCCUCCGCAGAUUGAGAGAAAGUCAGCAAAUGGCCAUGACUGAAAGGCAGUCGAAUUCGGCGGCGAUUAACCAGAACGAACCGCAGCCCAACGAAGUGGAAGGAUCUCACGCCAGUCGUCACGAAGAGGACGAGAAUUCUUCAGCUAAAGAGUUGUGCCACGCUAAAAUCCUGCAGAAAUGCGGGUCGGCCGUCAUUGAAGGAUUCGCCGAAACCGAUUUGCCAUUGAACCAGAAAUGCCGGAUCAGAGAAAAUUUCCUUCACUGCGUCAUCAAAAUGAAGCGGCAUUCCUGUCAGAAACGAUCCCGCGAUGAUUCGCUAUUGACUGACGACUACAUUCGAUCUCUUCGUCAACAGAUACUCACUUUACUCUGGUCGGCUCGUGGGUGCGUUUUGGGUAUGGAAAUACCCAAGUAGCGUUUAGUGUAGUCUUAUUAUUCUAGUUGGAUUGAUUUAACUGAAUCCCGAAAUGACUUAUAUAUUUUUUUAAUUGUUUCUUUUGGAUUCUCAAUCGGUUGACGUGAUUUUAUUUUAUUUGACAACACUAUUCCUCGUGUAAACCUGCAAGAUUCUAUCGCUCUGAUAUUAUUUUGAUAUUCGUGUAAAUGUGUUUUCAUUGUAUCCUUUAUUUGUGUGCGUUCGAGUGUGGAAUCCAUUUGGGAAUUUCGGGAAGAAAGAAAAACAAAAAUAGAAACAAAUUUCCAAGUGUAA